AUGAAAGAUCAACUUCCCAGUUACCAAGACGCCCUGAACGUGUCUCCUUCCAACCCGAAUGAAUUGCUACUUAUUCGACUACAGGUCUGGCACUUCUUUGACGUCGGUAGAUCGCCCAUCCUCAACCGCCAGUUUGCCAGAUCUUUCAGGCAAUCUAAUCUUGCUCAUUGGACCGUACGGGAAGUUCACGUCACUGAGCCUAACGACAUGGCCAGUCGUGAUACCUUCGUCCCAGUUCAAGUAAUAGCUGUCCUCCUAGUCCCUGUCCAUGCAAGACAAGAAAAGUCAGGCUUGGUCGACUUUCAACACAAACGCUUCACCGAUGGUGAUCCCCGCGGGAGGGCUCAGUACCAUGUGCGGGGCCUCUUCAGACGCAUCGCCCCGGCGCUCGUGUUCCGAUUUUUUCUUGGGACCGGAAGCAAGCCACUUUUCAUGAGCCUAGUUCCUCUAAAUGUACCACAAGAUCGGAGGAGUAAAUAUGAACAACUGUUCGCCAUAAGUCAGCUGAAGAUCAACGUUCAACAGUUCCUCAGACCUGCGCAACUUGAUGAAAUCGACGCUAUUGCAGCUCUGCUUUCUACUGCUACUGAUGCCCUAUCGGCAUUAUCAUUUAUUGUUGACUUUUUCAUAAUGAUGCAUGCCGAACAGACAAAUCAAUCGCAGUUCACCUCAAUACCCACAAGCGCCGCAUCUCUUGUCUUCGGUUUAGCUGAAUUAUUCAAUAGUAUUCAGAGAAUUGCUCCGAUGGUCAAUGAGUUACAACAAUCAUACGAACGUAGCAUGAUACUUGCUGCAGUGGAUGAGCCAGAAAGAUUAAAUGCCUGGCAACAAGCUGCCGACCCAUUUUUACAGCACCAAACCAAGUUUUCUCGUAUAGCGACAACCCUUCAAAGAAUAAAACGUGGUGAAGCCGUCACCCCGCAAGUGUUGUACACAACAGCUCUAGACCUCCAUGCUAGUAGCUUGGAAUUCACUAGAGUAAGAAGCCGCUUGAAUCCACAAUUAGUCACUGAGCUGGAAACAUACAAGGGCAUGGAGAAGUGGCCAAAGAAUUUUACCGGUGCUGGUAUCGUGAGCGCGGGGGCUGGAGCUAUCCUUCUGGGGUGCAUUGCAUCAAACCCCUUAGGUUGGGCUGUCGCUACUGCAUUUUUGGGUUUAGGUACCCUAUCAACAGGCACUGGAGGCUACCAAUGGAUGAAAGUGUCCAAUAAGAGGAAAGCAAUCCGUAAGGUUCAACAAGACCUUAGAGACCUAGCCAGCGUUUUCAAUGAGGUCCGGCAUGAUAUCGCUGCAUUCAUGUGCAGGACAGUGCUUGGUAUUGAGCUAGACCAUCUAGGUGAUGCAGAGAAGAGAACCUUCCUGGAAAGUUUUGCGGUUGAUGUCGAUGCACUUCAUUACCAAGGUUAUCGCGAAAGCCUUGUUACGAGUGGGAUUGAUAAAGUCCUCAAGUAUUACGAUGAUUUGACCACGGACUUCCGUCAAAUGGUAAGGCAUUGUGGGCUUGACAUUGAUAUCACAGAGACUGAUCAACGAUAA